AUGACUCCAUCAGCCAAGAAACUCCGAUGUCUUCAUGAUGCGACAACAACUCCAGCGCCGGUUCUGGAUAUUCCUAAACCCUCGAAGGAUAUGAAGUACAAUGAUUUAUGUGUGGGUAACACUUUCAAAAGCAAGGGGGAGCUGAAACUUAUACUUGCAAUAGCCAAAGUAGAAAGAAAUUUUGAGUACAAAGCUUUUAAAUCCGACAGCCAUAGGUUUAUUGCCAAAUGCAAAGACAAGACAUGCGAGUGGCGCCUGCGAGCAGUUCCCUUAGAUUCUUGUGGGUGGUGGAAACUCACAGUUGCAAACGAUGUGCAUACUUGUGAAAGCAACAAAAGGACUGACCCUGAAUUAAGAACCAAAGCGGCCACUACUGGAAUUGCAGAGCUUUUCAAGCACAAAUUCAAAGAACUAGAUGCGGCAUUUACGCCCAAACAACUGGUUAAGGACAUAAAAAGAGAUUCUGGAGUGGUUAUCAAUUACCGGCAGGGAUACAACGCUUGCAAGCGUGGUAUUGAGCUGAUCAAAGGUAGCCCUGAUGAGUCGUACCAACGCCUCGUUGGUUAUAGUCACAUGCUUGGUGCUCGUAACAAGGGUACUGUUACCGAGAUUGUAACUGAUUCGGAUGAUUCUUUUCUAUAUUAUUUAUUUGCUUUUGGAGUAUGUAUUGAAGGAUUCAAAAACUUUUUCAGACCCGCAUUUGCGGUUGAUGAGAAUAAUGAAUCUUGGGAAUGGUUUAUGAGAAAGUUAGUCGGAGUACUUGGCGAUAAGUAUGCUAUGAAUGAAGAUGUUGUUGUGGCAACAGACAGGCACCCAUCGAUCGGUAGAGCCAUAAGGUUUGCAUUUCCUUGUGCUAAUCAAGUAUACUGCAUACACCAUCUUUCAGUGGAUCUUGUACCGGAAAUGUGGGCCAGGGUGAAGGCUAGAACAGGUCGUUUUACUCUCAUGACUACAAAUGCCUGUGAAACUUUCAAUUCAAGAAUAGAUGAUGUUAAAGGUAUUCCAAUCUUCCAUUUAGUCGAUUACAUUCGCAGGUUCCUUAUGGAAUGGUUCUGCGAACAUAGACAACUAGCUCGUGAUCGGCAAGAUCCUUUGAGUCAACAUGCACGGGAUAUAAUCAAAGAACGGUGGGCUGUGGAAAAAAGGUUUGUGGCUUGCCAUGUCGAUGGGGACGAAUAUGAAGUGGACGAGGGUGAUUAUGAAGAGCAGCACACCGUCUAUCUUGACCGAAGGUCUUGCACGUGCAAAGUGUUUGACUAUCAGCAUCUUCCGUGUCCCCACGUACUUGCAGUGUGUGAGACAUAUAAGAUAAAAGAAGAAGGCCUUUGUGGGGAAUAUUAUAAAACAUCGGUUUGGAGAUCUAUGUAUGAACCUAAAAUCUAUGGUGUGCUGAGCCCAGAAACUUGGGAUGUCCCAGCGGAGGUGGCAGAGCGGGUGGUGCUUCCUCCAAAAACUACACCGGAAGUUGGUCGUCGGAGCAUCAAGAGGAAAAGGUCUGCCAUUAAAAAACCUAGAAAGAAAAGAGCUUGUUCAAGGUGUCACCAGACAGGGCAUUAUGCUAACAACAAACGUUGUCCCAAGGCUUAG